AGGAAAGUUCCCCCUUCAGCGAAAGUUAUUGAUGGAUGUGUAUAACUCCGCCAUGACCUAUAGUCCUAGAAUACUUUAAUCGAAUCAAAAACAAAAUCCGUUCGAUCAGGCAUAAAAGAUCAUCAAAAAAGAUCAACAGCAAACCGAGGAAUGACAACAGUUGCGUCUCUGAUCUAGAGUAUGCCCAAGUAUUGAAGAAUUUGUAGGCGUGAUGACAAUAAUUGGAUCUUGGGGGAGCAUUCCCAUGAAAAACUAUUUAUGGACAGACUGAUAAGUUUAAUCGCACGGCUUUCGCUUGUCAAUCGUCUUCUCAGUUGACGAGAUAAAUAGGCAGUGAAAUCGAAGCAGCCUUAUAGCUCCUUACAUCGAUUAUGAAAAUUCUAUUUGUUUUUCUAUUUUUUUUUUUUUAGUACUGGACGGUUAUAUUAAAUGACCGUUUCUUCAGCUCAUCCAAAUUAUCCUGGUGCCAAAAUGAUCCGCGCCGCCAUGGUCGUGGACGACCCUGAUAUGGUGGCUCCGCUGCCAUACCUUAACUUCCUUCGCUUCCUGAAGCGGAACUUCUAUCCCAGGACUGAUUUGCGCCGCUUACUUCAGGUGGGGCUCAUCCGUUGGAUCGCACUUAGCGAUGCUAAGAAGAGGUUAUUUGAGCCAGAACGAAUCUUGGCCCGUGUGGCUCGCACGAACAGGAAUAAACGUCGCCGCCGAUUACUUCGUCGUUCUCGGCGUGGCCAGAAAGGACGUGGUGCAGUGCGACGCCCCAUCUACGACAACCGUCCUAACCCGCGAAGCGUCAGAUCCAAGUAGAGAGUGAGCAUUGCAUUGCGAAAACAAAACUAUUCCAUUCUUAGGCGGUAAGCAAGGCAAGAUGAAGGCAAACACUGCAGAUAAAUGUAUUUUUUGGAUCAAUUUAUUAAAAAUAAAUAUAUAUGCUAAUAAAACUGAUUUGCCCC